AGUAACAACACAAGCACCCACCCACCCACCCUCUCGAUUCUUUCAUUCCGUCUCUGCAGCCACAUUCAGCCGUUGAGUUUCACAGUCUUCAUAGUUGACCUAAACCUGUAAACCAAAUAAAAAAUAAAUCACAUCACAAAAUUAUCAGAAACACAACACUCACGUUCACAAUUACAACACUCACGUUCACAAUUACAACACUCAUGUUCAUUUAUUGAGUUGUUGUAAUUGUCAUUCAUAAUAACUAAUAAUGACGACGACGACGAUGAUGAAACUCCCAACUCGUUACCUAAUUGUAAUCCUAACCUUCAUCUGCACAUCAGUCUGCUACAUAGAACGCGUUGGUUUCUCAAUCGCAUACACCGUCGCCGCCGACGCCGCCGGGGUCAACCAAUCAACAAAAGGAACAAUCCUCUCCACCUUCUAUUACGGUUACGCUUGUUCCCAAGUUCCCGGCGGUUACUUUGCUCAAAAAAUUGGCGGUAGAAAAAUCCUCCUCCUCUCAUUCCUCUUAUGGUCCUUAACUUGCGCACUCCUUCCAUUAGAUCCAAACAGAACCUUAAUCCUUGUAACCGCUCGCUUACUAGUUGGUGUAGCGCAAGGUUUUAUUUUCCCUUCUAUUCACACUGUUCUCGCUCAGUGGGUCCCACCUCACGAAAGAUCUAGAUCCGUUUCGUUAACUACUUCUGGUAUGUAUCUUGGUGCUGCUCUUGGAAUGUUGUUUCUUCCUAGUUUGGUUAAGUUGAAAGGUCCUCAAUCUGUUUUUUUAGCUGAAGCUUUUUUAGGGUUUCUUUGGUCUUUGCUUUGGUUUAAAUUUGCUUCUGAUCCUAAAGCUUCUGCUUCUGGUGCUGGCGAAUCCAUUUUGCCUGUUAAUAAGAAAAUUGAUACAAGAGUUGAGAAAAAUACUAGAAUUGGUGGAAUUGAGAAAAGUGGAAUUGGAAUUCCUUGGGUUAAGAUUAUGACCAGUUUACCUGUUUGGGCUAUUGUGGUUAAUAAUUUUACUUUUCAUUAUGCAUUGUAUGUGUUAAUGAAUUGGUUGCCAACUUAUUUUGAAUUAGGGCUUAAGCUUAGUUUACACGAAAUGGGUUCGUCGAAAAUGUUGCCUUAUCUUAAUAUGUUUGUUUUUUCAAACAUUGGUGGUGUUGUUGCUGAUUAUUUGAUUACGAGGAGGGUGAUGUCUGUGACUAUGACGAGGAAGUUUUUGAACACGAUUGGAUUUUUAGUUGCUUCGUUUGCCCUGAUUGUGAUACCGAAUUUUAGAACUUCUGGUGGUGCUGUGUUUUGUUCUUCUGUGGCGCUUGGUUUUUUGGCGCUUGGUAGAGCUGGGUUUGCGGUGAAUCAUAUGGAUGUUGCUCCGAGGUAUGCUGGGAUUGUGAUGGGUGUUUCGAAUACGGCUGGUACUUUGGCUGGUAUUGUUGGUGUUGAUCUUACUGGGAAACUACUUGAAGCUGCUAAGGCUUCUGAUUUGAAUCUAUCCAGUCCCGAAAGUUGGAGGGCGGUGUUUGUCAUUCCGGGAUUUUUGUGCGUUUUUAGUUCUGUGAUAUUCUUGCUGUUUUCUACUGGGGAGAGGAUUUUUGAUUGAGGUAGCAUUGUAACCUUCUUUGAUUGUUGAAUCAUUGAUUCGAUCAUGUGCUCUUAUUAUAUGAUGGAGAUUUUAAUUUUUAUUAUAUCUCCAUGUCAUGUCAUUCAUUCUUGGAUAGGAGAGGUGAUGUACAAAGCUCCACAGCCGGAUUGUAUUAUCAAGGAUAUGAAUUUGUUAUAAUCACUAUUAUGAUUUUUUUCAACUUGUACUAUUUCUAGUUAGUAAAAGUUACAGUUCAGUUGUAUCACCAAUGAUUCUUGGGUGUUUCUUUAUGCCUUGGAUGAAACUCAUUUUAUCAUUAUUAUGAUUAAAACAUUGUGCAUUUCACAUUUUGACAUAUGUACUUUGUUAUUGGUGGAUUAAAUUGGAAAGGCGAUGUUGCAAGCAUUUUCCUCC